CACCCCCACCUCCGCUCCUCCCCUCCCCAAAUCACAAACACCCAAGAAGAGAGGAGACGAAAGGGGAUCGCCGCCGCCGCCACCGCCCGCCGCCGAGGAUGACGUCGAUGCUGUCCGCGUUCUCGGCGUGGUUCGUGAACCCGCGCCGCAACCCGCUGGCCCGCAUCCACAUGCUCACCAUCUCCAACCGCCUCAAGAACUUCGGCCUGAGGUACGACGAUCUGUACGACCCCUACUUCGAUCUGGACAUCAAGGAGGCGCUCGGCAGGCUGCCCCGCGAGGUGGUCGACGCCCGCCACCAGCGCCUCAAGCGCGCCAUGGACCUCUCCAUGAAGCACCAGUACCUCCCCGACGACGUCCGGGCACUGCAGACACCAUUCAAAAGCUAUUUGAGCGACAUGCUGGCUCUGGUGAAAAAGGAGGCCGCAGAGCGUAAAGCACUGGGAGCCCUUCCUCUCUACGAGAGAACCCUUCCUUGAAGACAUUUUCCUUGAUAUGCGCCACAGUUUUUGCUCCUCGUAGCAUCACAAUGCAUGAAAUAAAAUGCAGAUUAUGACACUGUUCCUCCUUCCGGUUUCAUGUCCAUGGCCUGUAGCUCGUGCCCCUUCCCAAAUUAAUUGCGACAGAAUUUCUGUUGCUGUUGCUGAUAUAAAAGUUUAUUUUGGUUGAUGGACUUGUUGCUGUAGAAGUCUGAACAACUCUCUGCUCUUGGGACUUUUCUGUUGAGCAACUGUUUUGUUGUUUGCAUCCGGGUUUACGCUUCCCAUUUCUACAGAGCUAUGGUGCUAGUGA